UUGGAAGGCCUAAACAGAUUCUGAAAGGAGAUAAUGGGGUUUGGGUUUUUUUGUUUGUUUGUUGUUGUUGUUGUUUUUGGUUUGUUUUGUUUGUUUUUUUUUUUUUCCUUUUACCAUGUCCAAAACUCCUGGUCUCAGGGUAUUAAAUGGCUUUCUGAUGAAUGGGAUAGUUGGCAUGAUAAAACCAGGAUCUGUUAAGACCUGAGUCUGGUAGCUGCAGUUAAUCUGGUCCAGGCAAUAGGAAUGAAACUGCACUUUGUCAUCUGAGCUUGUAUGUAAGCCUCUGAAGUGAUGUGCUGUGAGCAAAUGUGGAGAAGAGCUGGCCAGGUCUUAACAAACUUGCCUCUGUUCUGUCAGAGUUAAUUUGGUAUUAACUUCUCCUAAGAUGAACACUACCUGUGUGUUACUGAAAAACAUACUCCUUGUCUCAAUCUGCCACUCUCUCUCCAGAGAAAAGGUACCUGCAUUCAGUCUUUGUCCCUAAACUGCUGUAGAACUUAAAUGCACCUUUUAGGUGCCAGAUGCUAUACUACCUGUGCUGCAAACACCUGGCUCAACAGCUUCAUCCUAAAAUGAUGACCUAGUAGGAAAUAGCUGGAUUUGUUUGGUGUGGUGUUCUUGGGGUUGGUUCUUGGAGCUGCUCUAUGCAGGACCAAGAGCUGGAUUUUAUUGAUUUUUGUGUGUCCUUUCCAACUCAGGAUAUUCUGUGGUUCACUUACAGCAGCUUUUCCCACUCACCUCUGACAGUAUUCAGUGACUUUCAGGAGCUCCUAUGUAUAGUAUUUGUUCUGGAACAGGAGCUUUGUUAUCUGUUUCUGGCACAUUUUCUGCAGGUGCCAGAUUUGCUCUUGUUGACAGUUGCAUAGUUGAUUGCACUGUGUUGGAAAGUGCUGCCAUCCUGCACUCAGACAAAGGGCCUUCCCAGUUUUCCUGUCAGUUCUUGUGCUGCAUCAUUCAAAUGUGAGCACACUGUUAACUGCUGCAGGGACUAAACUGUUUUAGGCUUCUCUCUGAACUUAAGAUCAGUGAUUCUGAUGUUUAAGGGGUCUUUAUUAUCUGACUUUGUAAAAGCAAUUUGGUUUAUGGCUUGAAGCAUAACAGAUAACAGUAAAAGUUCUGUACAGAGCAGUUGUCUCAAAAGUACAUAGGCUUUCCAUUACCAAGUCUUCUAUCAUGUCUGAUAAUUUUCUUCAGUGGUUUUGGCUUUUUUGGAAGAGUGUUUAUCCUUUUUACAGCAUCAUUCCAGUGGGGGUGAGGGGCUGCCAGAUUAUCAGCUAGUCAGGUGCUUCUUGAGUAUAUUCAGUACAAAAUCAUGCUCAGUGUGAGCUCUGGUUGCCCUUUGUUGGGUCCAUUGCAUGUGGUACUGCAGUCACUAGACCUCUUCACUUUUCAUGAAACUUCCAUCUGUGACUGGUUCAGGUUGGAUCCAUGAGGAGCAAUUUUUGUAUUAAAAAAUAGUGGCUUGCCCUUAAUUUAGGAUGAGCUUCACAAGUCAGUGAUAACUUUUCAUAAGAUUUUAAAAGGUGACUAUAUUCUUUGUAAAGCACCUGACGGCAGUAAUGUUUCUGCCUGUGGCUGGACUUCUAGGAGACCUUUUUUUCUAUCAGCAGACUUCUCAAAUGACCAGAGGCAGUACUGUCAGUAGUAGGACCCAUUCUCCUUUCUUCUUCCCUCUCUUUAUGGUGUUUUUAGCUGGGUUGAAUUGAUUCAAUUCAACCCAGCACUGUUUGAGGAGCAUAGUCACUUAUCCUAAGGCUUCCAAUGCAUCUCUAUUCUUCCAUUCUUUAACUGGGCUCCUUUUGUCUGACAUAUCUGCAGUUGUGCUUGUUUUCUAAUGAAACAUGGGGUGAAAUCAAGACUGGUAGCCUGUAUAUUGUUUUCAGUUUCCUCAAGAAAUAAAUCUAAUUUCAAAAAAGACAAUCUGUAAACUAAUUUAAGAACUAAAGCAAUGGGACUUGGAAAUUCUUACCGUGCUUCUAAUUUUUCUAUUAGCAUUAUUCUUUUUUAAUAUUCAUCUCCUUAAUGCUUAUCUAAUGAGUUCUCAGGUGUCUUUCAGAGACCUAAGUGGAGUUCUGUUAUUUAAGGACUCAGUCUGGCUUGGCUGUUUAGCUAGAAAAGGGAUGGAACCACAGAAUCAUCUCUCCUCAUUGAAAUACAGAGCUGAGACAUCUGCAGUAAGAACUGAGCUGCCUUAGGUUCCUUUUGUAGCUGAGAGGGCCAGAAGAGGAGUCAUCAGAAAACCUUACCUGGGUGCAGUCUCAGACAGCUCUGUUCUUUUCUUUGGUGUUGACUCUUGAAUUUCACAGAGCUGGUUAAGACAUGCUGAACUGGCAGUCAGGGAAAGGAGAUUCUUCUACUUUCGCUCAGGGAUUUUUGUUACUGAUACACCCAGUAUAUCAGUAACCUUAAGGAAUUUGCUUAUUGUAGUGUUAUUUCAGCUCAUAUCUUUGAAACCUAAUGUGCCAGGUAUUUCUAUAGCUAGCUUUUGUAGUUUGGGGAAAAUGAUAAUGGCUCCUUUUCCUUCACAAAUUUGUAGCUACUACACAAAGCCUUUCAGUGUGGGCAUUUAGGUUAGUGUAAAGUGUGUAGUAUUUUCAGCUGAACAUCAACAACAAUAUUGUUGCAUUGCUAAAAGUUAAAAUAAGCCUUUUUCCUCUUUUCCCAUAAUCAGUCUUCAUUUUCCCACGUUGCUGUUAGAGCUGUUGAAGAGCUGCAGAUUUCUUCCUUGGAUGAAUGAAGAGCACAACGCUCCAGGUGGCAUUUGUUGCUUGGUUCCAGUAAUGAGCAUAGCUGAGGGUGUGUAUCUGCAGUUUCCUUUGACCUCACCAAAAUCAUCUCCAGAGGAAUGGGAAAUAUUCACCUGAUUGCCAUCUUUUCAUGAAGCUGUGGCAGAUCCAUGCAGAAGCACUGCCACAGCCUCCUUGCUGCAGCAUGAGUAAUGUGACAACGCCAGCAUCAAAACAGUUCUGACAGCACCUAGCAAAUGAGAGAAGCAUGUGGGAGGGUACUGGAAAAAGAUUUAAAUGGUAUAGUGUGCAUGUUAAUUUUGAAACAAAACUGAGUGAGGUAGGAGAGCCUGAGAAGAGGUGUCUUUGGCCUGGAAUUUUGCAUUUAGGAAACGUUCUCACUCUUAUGAAUGGUUCUAGUGGCUGUAAAUACCUUCAGUACACAGUGCAGGAGAGAAAUGAAAAAGGCCUGCUGCCUGGGCACUCCUACCUCCCAUGAGUUACUCCCUGGCAGCGUGGGCUCCUCAUGCUGCCCCACACCCCAGGAACUGGGAUGCUCUCACCAUUAUCCACACUGCUGGCUGAAGGAAGAGCUGCCUCCUCACAGGCUGUAGGCAAGGUGGGUGGCUGGUUUUCAUAUCCAGGCUGAAGUCCUCCAUAUGGAGUUGGGCUGUAAAGCCUGUCUUUAUAGCCCAACAAGUAUGCUAUAGACCAAAGCAAACUACUUCAAAACAUAUAGUGACUCAAUCCUACAGUCUUGCUGAAUGUAGGGAGGCAUGGCAGCGUGUUGUACCCAUGCACCUCCAGGGACACUUCAGGCAUGGGGAUCAGAUGGUUGUGAAUGAGCUGAUAUUAGGUCAUAUGCUUGGACUCUCAUUUCCUCAAGUGCUGCUGCUUCUCUUGAAUACAGUAUCUCUGCAACUUUUGGGCUAAUGUUCUUGCCUAUCCUCACAGCAGGGGUUAACUCAAACUUCCUCCCAAACAAUUAAAAAGAAAUUACAGUGUCUUGGGUGCAGGACAGUGUGCAUGGAUGCCUUUAGUGUGGGUGGUAGGCGCUGAUAGGCUGCCGGUACAGGUACAGAGAGCAGUUAACUUGCAGACAGUUCCAUGAAAAACAGAGUGAUGUGAUACAGGAGAGCAAGGAAACUGGUGAUGGGGAACGGCUACACCAAAGGGGUAAGCAGCCCAUGUGGUUUGGAACUGUGGUUGCCUGUGGUGGAUGGCUGCCCAGGCUACUUGGCUCUGCAGCAGGAACGCAGCUUUGCUUGUUCAGGCCCAGCAGAGCCAGGGCAGGAUGAAGAGAGCAGUUGUGUUGGCAGCCAGAGAUGGGUCUGUCCUGAGUCCUCUCUGGCCUUCCCAGUUCCAGCUGGAUAGAUGUUUCUACACACUGUUUAACAGCUGGUGUCCACAGGGACUGGCAGAAGUGUAAAUGCUCAUAUUCUGCCAUUCUUUCAUAUGCAGAAGUAGCACAGGGCAUUCUGUUUAGAACCUCAGCCAUCCACACAGUGGGGCUGGAGCCAGCCCUGCUUUUCCUUGCUGGUUGGAGGGUGACUCCUGUGGAAGCAGAGGUCUGCAGUGCUGUCACCAGCAGGGAGACCCCUAACUUGGGCCCUCAGCACUGUGCAGAGCCUGGCAAGGGGAAAGGACAGAAAAAGAGAUCUUGGCUCUUCUCCCUCCCCACUAGAAGCGGGUGAGGGGCUGCCAAGGGCUUUGCAGCAGGGAGAAGAAAGACGGCGUUCAUGGGAGCUGCGUGACUCCGAGCUGGUGGGCUGGGAGCCAGGCACGUCAGCACCUGAUGGGCCAGCACAGGAGGAAGGGCUUCCUGCUCCUCACUCCUCACCUUCUCCAGAGGAGCCCUUUCAAGAGGUCCCAGCCCAGUGUAGUGAUGUCGCUCCAGCCCAGAACAGGCAGGACAGUGGGGCAGGACUGUUGCCUGUGUGGGGCAUUGCACUGGCACAGUGUGCUGGGGAGGUCUUUCCCCAGGAGCCUGGUUUGUUCACUGCUACCCUGGACCAUGCUGGCUGAGACAGCUGCCCAGGAUCCCUCCUGCCUGCCUGUGUCCUCCACCAGAUUUGGGGGACCUGGAUCAGUCCUUUUGCCAUCUUUGCAGACUGCAAAGAAGCAGCCUCCACUUGUGCAUUAGCUGUGUGGAGGCUGCACAGAUCAUUCCCAGAGAGAGUGCAAGGCUAGGGCUGUGGGGGUGACCCUGGGGGCUGGAGAACCAUCACCUCUCACAGCAGAUCCCUGCCCCUUCUCCAGGCAGGCUGCAGCCUGCCUAGAGAAUCCUUCCUCUAGAAGCCACUGGACAGAAGAGCCCUUGUGCAGCCUUUUUGGAGAGGUGCCUGGUACCUGCUGAGGCAGACUUUCCACUUCCCAGUGAAUAGAUGCCUGGCUGUGGCUGGGCCAUAUGGUGUUUUGGACUCUGCUCUCCCAGCACAACCUCUCCUCCAGCCUUACAAGCAGGUGAGAUUGCUCAGGGCUCUGAUCCCUGCCGACAGCUCCCUGCAGGCUGUUGGAGCUGCCAACAGUCUGGUGCAGGGGGAGGUGUGACAGGCCUGUGCUUGGAGCGUGUGCCUCUGGGAAGUGCCACUCAAUCAGUGUGGCCUUGAUGCUGGGUCACUGUUCCUGGAGAGGUUUGGCUGUGCAGGGGGCUUGCCCUGCUGGCCCGGGAUCUGAGGAAAGCACACCUUGCGGUGAGGGUGAGUAAACAGCACUUCAGGUUUGUGGUCAAGGUUGAUUGUGACAUUGUGGGGACACCUCUGAGGCUGGGAUGAAAUCAGACUCUGCCUGCCUGCCAAGAGUCAAUAUCAGAGCCAGAAUGUCUAGAUUCACGAUCUUAUCCUGUAAGCCAUUCCUACAUGAGCUGCUACAUCCUUCUGAUUUCUCCAGCAGUCUCUGCUGCUUUUCCCACUCAGUCAGGUUUAUUGGGUGAGCGAUUGCCCGAGGCUCAGCGUAAGCAGUUGUGCUCACUGUCAGGCCAUGUGGAUUUGAGAUGGGAAGGGAGGAGCUGGCAGCUUUGCCCUUUGGCAGCAUGUUGCAGGGUACAAAGCCAGCCAGCCCUCUUCCUUGCCAAGCUGUAAAUUUGGCCUCUUGCUCUAGCGCUUCUCUGGCUUUUCCUGUGGGCUGAGGGUUCAUCCCACUCAUGCUGUGGCUGGUCUGCUAACUUGUCCUUCAGCUCCCUGUGCCCUUAUGCUUGCACACACAGUUCUGUCAGCUCAGCUGCCUGGGUGCACUUCUGACUCAUCAUGUGCUGCCUGGGCAGCUCCCCAUUUCAUUACUGUUAGGAGUUCAUGGCAGGGCUGUGAAACUCCGUUCCCCUCUUCCCCACCCUGCUCAGUCCCAUGCACCCAGGAGGGACAAAGCCUAUGGAGCUGUCUGCCCUGACCAGGAUAUCCCUAGCAGUGAUGCUGUGCUUGGCUGGGAUGCUCUGUGCCCUGGUCUGUCCCUGGCAUCUCUCUCCUAUGGAGAUCUCUGCAGCAUAGCACAGGAUCCCAAGAUCCUGUGCCAGUGCAGGGCAGAGGAGCUGGUGCUUCCCCAGACAUUCUGGCAGGGACCAGCCAUUUCCAUCUGCAUAAUGGAGACUGUAGCACAACCACCAUCAACCCACUCUGAGAUAUUUUUAGGCCUGGCUGUGCUGAUGAGGGAGAGAUGACAGGCUCACUCCACAUCCAAACCAUGCGAUGCCUCUCCCAGCUGCGGCCACCUGGUGCAAUGGGAGAGGCGUGGGCUGUUCCCCCAGAGAAGGCAGCACUGACUGGGUGCUGUGGCUCUGGGCUUGCUGGGAGCAGCUACUGGUGCUGGAUACCACCAUCCUUCUCCCUCUGAACUUGUUCAGCUUCACUGCUUUUGAGAAAGCAGCUUAAUGAAUUCCCCAGGUCUCACUAGCUCUUGACAUUAAGGGUAUUUGCUGGCUUGUGAAGGAAAAGGAGGGACGAAGCUGUGGGACUGAAGCAUGGCAGUGACACGCUUGCACAUGCUCACUUGCUGUCACAGAAUUGGGGAGCCCUUUCAGCUGAGGAGUUUGGCUUUUCUGCAGGGCCUGAGGCUUGCUGGAAAGUUCUAUGGAAGAAGAUAUCAAGGCUUCCCCUUUUCAUCAGAGCCCUGUGUGGGGCUGCAGCUGGUGGAGUGGGAGGAGCAGUAGUUUGGAGGUGACUGGGGUGAGCUGAUGGAGGACAGGAGAUCUGGGGCACAAGGCUGUCUCCUUCGGCCAGGCUUGUCUGAAGCUGGUCCCUCAGCACUGCUGGGGAGGCCUUGCAUGAAACAGGUCCCCAGUGCCCUGGACACACACAAUGACAUAGUGCUGCUGGGCGGUGACAUUGCCAAGCCAUGACUGUGUUGUGGGUGCUGGCAGAGGGGAGAACUGUCCUGCACAGGAUCUGUGGCUGGGUUAGAGGGGAGCUGGGCUGGACUGGAGCAGGCUGCUCUACCCAGCUUCACACCAGGGUCAAAUGCCAGCCCGGGUGGGUUGCUGGACUCUGAACACAAGACUUGUCUGGGUGACUGCAGAAUUAGGUGGUGCUAAUCUUCCCCAUCCACAGGAACCAGUCUGUCAAAAAGGGUGUCACUGGUACCAGCACCUCACUGUGUUUGUCUUAGCCCAUCCCUUCAUUGGAAGGACCAGUUCAGCUGCAGCUGCAAACCUCCCUCAGCUGGCUACUGAGACCUGGAAAGCUCCAGCCCUGAGCAGCUGCUUCUGCCUGACCCUGUGGAUCUGCCAGUGUCCCCCAGCAUAGCUGUGGCUCAGGUGAUGGCUGCAGAAAGUUCAUAUUCCCUUGGGUGUGGCAUAGGAAGUUGGUUCCCAUGGAGCAGGGUAAAGAAGCUUUGUUGGAGAGGUGGGCCUUUGUCCCCACCUUCUUGUGGCUGGGUGGGAUGGGCUGCAGCUGAAAACAAGGACUGCUGGCCUGGCUGGUCCUCCAUGACUGCUGGGGCAGAGGCAGAGCCCUCCAUUGGCUGGCAGCUCUGUACAUUCACUGUUUAGGAUCCCUCUUACUACACAAGGAUCCAGUGUUCCUUAGUCCUGUUCUCACUCAUACCAACAUAGACUUGUGUGACUUCCAGUGAUGUACUCGGGGGGGUUGAGGUGUUUUGGCAGCACCCUUCUGUCUGUGUCCCCUGCCUAUGGCUGGCAGCUGCCUCUUCAUGGCUGCUAUUAGCCACAUCCUGCCAGCAAACAGAGCACCCAGAGGCAUUUCCCCCUGGCUGCUCUAACUCCCUGUUAUGAAAAGCAGCUGCAAGAAUGCACAGGUUGUCUGAAUCUCCAAAACCAAGCAUGUUCAUGUCCUGCAGCAGAGCACCAGCCCUUGGCUCCAUCCUGCAGCACAGGGGUCAGGACAGUGCAAACUUAGCCCUCAGCCCCUGCACCCUCUCACACAGCUCCUAAUGGCCCAUGUCAUGCUUCUCUCCUUUCUUCCUUUUCCCAAGAGAGACCAGAUAAGCCUCAGCACCCAGGAGUGGGGAAGAAAGGCACUGGGACAUGGCAGGGCUACCUCAGCUGGCAGCUACCCUGCCAACCCAGUGCCCCAGGCCAGGCAGCUGCUCUCAUGACCAACAGGGAAGCACCUCCACCAGCAGCACCAGCACUUCCUUCCACCACCUUCCCAGUGGCUGACAGUAUUUGAGGUGGCUGGUGCUUUCCCUUCUUCCUCCCUCUCCUUGCCCUUGCUACUUCCCAUCUCCUUGAUCCCUUUCCUGAGCAUCAUGUUUGCCCUGGUCUCAGAUGUGUAGGAGGUGGGAUGCUUCAAGAGCAUCUCUCUGGGCUCAUGGCCCUGCACCCUGGGAGGUGUUAUGUCCCUUGGUGCAUGACAGGGUUUUCAGAGGGGCAGUCACCCACAGGGGUGCAGCCUGUGGCUCUGCAGACAGGACAUGCCCUGGGAGUUGCUUGCCAAAGGCAGCAUUGCUGACCAUUUCCUUUGGGCACCUGGGGAGGAGAUCAGAGUGACCCAAAUGGGGAAGGUUUGUAAACCUGAAGUGGACACUGACUCAGGCACUUGUGCUGCUGUGCUUAUGCUGUGGGUUUUGGCAUCAGCUCACUUGGGCAUGUAUGGGAGAGACAGGUAUGAGUAAUAGAGUUGGUUGCUGUGCUGUAUGAAGGUUGCUGGUGCAUUACUUGAGUUCAGAGGCUCCAGUUCACCAUGGAGCAAUGGCGAGGAGGUUCAGGCUGAACAGGAUGAAAAGAGGAGCCCAUGGCUAGUGGCCCCAUCACCAUAGCAAGGCAGCUGAAGGUGCACAAGGGGUUGCUUCAGUGCAAGUAAUUAAGUACUAAAGCUCCAGGCUGGAAAUUAUGCAUUCCCUGGGUGAAGGGCUGACAAUGAGCAUUGCUGCAGGUAGUGUAAUGCCACAGAGCCAGCUCAGGCUGUUGUACCUGUUUUUAGAAAGACGUGCAUGAGCUGGAAGAGCAGGUGAACAAGAUUGUCCUCAGGCAGAGCCCUGUGCACCUUUUCCACUGCCUUCUCUGGCUUGCAGGAAUCAGUCCUGGCCUCCUUUUUGCUGCUGGAGCUGUUUGGACAGGAGAUCAGGAGGGGUGCUUACAGGUCAGGGCAAAACAGCAAGCACGUCCAUGCAGCAUCUCUUCUUCAUGCCUGAGCCAGCAGUGUCAAAAAAUUUAAGUUGAGCCCUUAAACUUGUUGAGAUCUAGUUGAGAUCUAAACUUAUUUUUCAAGCUGCUUCAUGGUAGGGAUGGCUGCCCCUGCAACCUUCAGUGACCAUGCUAUACGUAAUUCCAGGCUUCAGUUUUUCCCAUCUUCAACUUCUCACCUUUGGCUUCUGCACUUCCUUCUGCCCAUACCAGUACUCUGCUCCUUCUGGCAGUGAGGAGACCCUCUCCUGGGGGAAUGAAAUAGCUUGUACUCCUCACACCCUAUGCAGCCUUAUUUGUCACAUUUCCAACUCUUAGCUCCUUUUUUGUGGUGGUGUUGCUGCUCCUUGGGAUUUCUGUGCCUGUUCUGAAGUUUGGAUAGCUGUACCAGACAUUAAGUUGGCUUUGCCAGAGCUGUAGCUCUGCUUGGAAAUCCUCUCCAUGCCCCUCUGACUCAUGGCCCUCAGGCCAAGGUACUGCAGGCUCAUGGCAACAGUCACGUGUGGGGAUAGCUCUUUUGUAGCUUUUUUCCUUAAUUUCGCCUCCCACCCUCACUUUCAGGAAGAUUCUCCACUCUGUGGUACAGCCUGUCUUCUCCAUUCCCAAGAACCUUCCUUUGCAGCCCACCUCUGGGCUGGGAGCUGUUAUAAUUUUCCCAGGCCAUUCUGCUCAUACUGUAGCAGCAAGCAGCAUUCAGUGUUUUAUCAGCCCCAAAUGUAAGCCUUCAUCUUGUUAUCCAGAUUAUUGAUAUUAAGACCUAUUAAAUGGCACUGGAUCGGGGGUCACUGGGGGUCUAGGUAGGCUUUCUGUUGUUGAUGUCUCCCAAUUAAGCCUUGGCUCAUUGACAGAUCUCAGAAUGCAGCUGUUAAUACGUGUAGUUGUUAAUCUACCUGAGUCUUAUUAAUUCUUUAUAAUACAUACUUUUAAUUAAAAUCCUGCAGCAUUAUUGAAGGCAGUGGAGAAGGCAAAGUGUUCUCUAUAAAUGCUCCUACUCUCAGCACCCAGAACUUUCCUUUUGCCCAGGAAGGAUUUUCUCUGUGUAACAGCCUCAGGAUGCCUUUAGCUGUGCUUUCACCUACAGUCUGGGGCUCUCUGCCAUUUCUCUGCCCAUUGCUUUGACCCUUUAGGUUAUGCUGGCCUCCUGCCAGCUGACCAUUCAUUAACACAUGUGUUUGGGAGAGUCUGUGAUUAAAUCAUUAAAUUGUUUGCAAAUUACUUGGGUCUGUAGCAUGAGUGUGGCUGGUUUGGGGAGCUGCAGCCUCUUCUUGUGCCACUGCUUUGCUGAAUUCCCUCCUCUCUGUGACAGCACGUGAGAUGGAGUCACUCCUGCCAUUCCCAUUUGAGAGGAGGCAGUGGCUGGAUGGUGCCUGCCUGACCUGACUCUUCCAGCUGUUUUUACGGUAUGAAAGGGGAUGGGGUAAUGCCUGCCUUGAGAGCUCAAGAUGAAGCCAUUGAAGUUCAUUGCCAUCACAGUUCUAAGCAUCUCAGAAAUUCAAGUUUAUUCAGCAAUCAUCUCAGAAAUUCAAAGACAGCACUUCUGGCUUCAGAGAGGCAGCAUGGCCACAGCUGGAGCUGGGUUCAUUCAAGGUUCCUGCAGCACUGGCAUGAAGAAAUGCACUGUGAUAUCCAGUGAUGGCACCUGGGCUGAGCAAGGCUCCCUAUUUCACUCCCAGAUCUCAGGUCAUGUAGAAGAACAGAUUUAAUGUGAAGAUGGGACUCUUGGUGUUUAUGCGUAACCUGCUGCUAGCCCUCUGCCUCUUUCUUGUACUGGGAUUUCUGUACUAUUCUGCUUGGAAGUUGCACCUUCUCAGAUGGGAGGAUUCAAGUAAUAAGUAUAGUCAUACCUUGAGCGAACCAGACAGACCAGGUGUGGAUUCAGUGGUUCUUUCCUUUGACUCCGUUGGACAUACAAUAGGCUCAGAAUAUGACAAACUGGGCUUUCUCCUGAACCUGGACUCAAAAUUGCCUCCAGAACUAGCAUCAAAGUAUGCCAAUUUCUCUGAGGGAAUGUGCAAGCCAGGCUAUGCAUCAGCGCUCAUGACUGUCAUCUUCCCAAAGUUCUCGAAGCCGGCACCAAUGUUCUUGGACGAUUCCUUCAGGAAAUGGGCACGUAUCAGGGACUUUGUACCCCCCUUUGGAAUUAAAGGACAAGAUAAUCUGAUCAAAGCCAUCCUGUCAGCAACCAAAGAUUAUCGUCUAACUCCAGCUCUUGACAGUCUCAGCUGCCGGCGAUGUAUUAUUGUGGGAAAUGGUGGAGUACUUGCAAAUAAGUCAUUGGGGUUAAAAAUUGAUGACUAUGAUGUUGUUGUCAGGCUGAACUCGGCUCCAGUGAAGGGCUUUGAAAAAGAUGUGGGUGGCAAGACAACACUCCGGAUCACAUAUCCCGAAGGUGCAAUCCAGAAAAUGGAGCAGUAUGAGAAGGAUUCCCUGUUUGUUCUGGCAGGAUUCAAAUGGCAGGAUUUCAAGUGGCUGAAAUACAUUGUUUACAAGGAGAAAGUGAGUGCCUCUGAUGGCUUUUGGAAGUCAGUGGCAACCCGUGUCCCAAGGGAGCCUCAUGAGAUCCGUAUCCUGAAUCCCUACUUCAUCCAGGAGGCAGCGUUCAGCUUCAUUGGACUGCCUUUCAACAACGGCCUGAUGGGCAGAGGGAACAUCCCCACCCUGGGAAGCGUAGCAAUAACCAUGGCGCUGCACAACUGCGAUGAGGUGGCGGUGGCUGGCUUUGGCUAUGACAUGAGCUCACCCAAUGCACCGCUGCACUACUAUGAGAACAUCAAGAUGUCUGCCAUCAAAGAGUCCUGGACGCACAACAUCCAGCGGGAGAAGGAAUUUCUGAGAAAGCUGGUGAAAGCCAGAGUCAUCACUGACCUAACCAGUGGGAUUUGAGUGGCUGCAGCCACUGCAUCCAAGGGAGGAGAAGAAGACAUGCUGCAGCUCUGGGAGCAGGCACUGGCAGCCCCCUGCAAGAAUCCCACCUCACUGAAGACACACAGAGAUGCCCAGGUGCUCUGGGAAGACCCUCUUGCAUUGCCAGUCUGCACGAGGGUUACAUCUCCCACCUCCAGGCCUAGAGCUGGCAGGAGGUGGGCAAGGGGCUGAGUGGACAGUUCUUGAACUCUGCAUCGCAGACAGAUCUUCUGCAUCCUGAAUUAGACAGGAAAGACUCAGGAGAGAGAAGAAAGGUUUGUGAAUACAAUGAUUAGUGCCAAAUGGGAGGUGAUGCUGCCCCAAGGCAGCAAAGCCUGAAUGUACAAAGUAUUAUUUUUUAAAAGACUCUGCUGGAACCAUACUAGAAAUACCAAGGUACAAGACAAAGUCUGCUUGCGCACAGCCCUGUGAAAAACCUGGCCUCUUCAUGCUCCAUCUGCAUUGUCACCAGCCUCUGACCUUUCCCCAGGAAAACAAAUCCAUCCAAAACUUCGGUGUCAUUGGUGCUGCUACGAUUCAAAGGGAGAAUAAUGGCUUCCUCUCAUUCUCCACUUGGAGCUUCUGGAUGGAGAUGAGCAUGGGUUUGUUUUUCUGCAUUUUUCCUCACAUCCUCCACAGAGGCAGCAACAGCAGCCACUGACUUGGCUGUGUUUUCCAUAGCCAUUUGCUCUGCCUCUGCCCUGACCCCAAGGUGGAGCAGGGAGCCAGUGGCUUUCUCUGCCUACAGCAGACCCUCCCCACCUUCCUGCCUGUCACGAUGCAGAGGAGCCUGCCCCGUUGUGCUGAAGGCUUUCAGGCCUCUUGGUUUGUGCCUGCUGUGCAGGGCCCCUGAAGAGUCCGUGCAGACUUGUGUCACUGUUUCUGGACAGCAUCUCGCUUUGGUUUUGUGUGGGAGGGGAGUAAUUUAUUCUUUGGAAGGAGGUCAGAUCUUGAGCAGAGAUCUCAAGCUUUACAGUUUGAGAGCAGACUGCGGAAGAUGUUUGUUUUACGUUCCAGACUCAAUCAUGUUCCCUAUUUAAGUGACGUGUGACCUCAAUGAUGAUGGAACCUGAUGGGAACUCUCACCCUCUGCUCGGCCCCUGCUCACUCCAUUUCCAAGCUCCUCCUGUGCUGCUCUAGCACUGCUGCUCCUCCUGCUCUCAGGAGCACGUCCUUCCUUUGCCCUCUUGGUCCCAAGAUGCAC